UUCUAUUUUAUCUAUUGUGAUAUUUAUUUUUAAAUUAUAUGCACAUGCUUUGUAACUAGGAACAAAACAUGAAUAUUGGUUGACAAACAUCACACAAAUGACCUUGAGCAGUCAAACGUUAUUUAAAUUGUAGGUAUAUUGGACAUGCAUAUGAUCAACAUUUUUUUUCAAAUAAUGUUUCCAGAAUCUUGUAAAGUGACUGAUAUGGGCACGUGUGAGAUUGCAGCUGUUUCUGCUCCACACUAUUUUGGGAUUUGGUGUCAAGUGUCCUACACCACGUGGUUGUCUGAAACAGUAUUCACUGUCUCGUGGUGGGGCUUGUUAGUUUGGACGUUGUGGAGUUGAUGCAACAACGCAGAUAUGGGCUGCUGUUUCAGUAAAGAGAAACGUCAGGAUAUUAAUGAAACAAAACCACUUCUUGAAAAUGAAGGGAAAUACGACACCCCUGCAGUCACAUCAGGGGUCAUUAACCCGAUGUCGAGCCUGGCUGAGGCCUUGGAAGAUGGUGUCAGGUCAAACCUGACUCUCGCUUUGGCCAAGUGGUGCGAGGUGGAGGAAGAAAGUCGCGCUGCGGACAGCGAACUCGACGGAAUUGGACGGAGAGGGCUUAACACGUCGCCAUCGACGGGUGAGUCCACCGGCCGGCCCAAAGCGCCCUCCACGGUUGUACGCGGCUUGCGUAACGCCAGCCGCAGUUGCGCCGAUGUCACCCUCGCAUCGUGGCUGAAGGAGACGAGGACGCUGCUGCUGGCACAGCCCCUGGAUGUGCUGUGGCCCAAGUUCCAGACGAGCGCCGAAGGCCACGUAUUGGAUGGGAAACAGGUGCAGCUGUUUCUCAGCGAGUGGCACUGCCUUCUUGUGCUCCGUGAUCGGCUGUGGAAGAUCAUGCCAUUGUCAUUCGUGGAAAAAAAAAGGAAGACUCUGUUUAAAAAACAGGAAGAUUGUCAACAAUGCAGACAUACGGCGGUGUUCUCCAACGUGGACACAGCUUGUUGUCGUUGAGCCUCCGUGUUGUACAGUGCUUGCCGAUAACGAACAGUCGAGAGAAACGCAAACCAAGCCUACGGAAAUACUGGAAACUGACCAGUUCUGCAUCAACAGUAAGUUGAUUCUCGGUAAAGAUGGACCUGAUGCCUCUUCAGAAUUAUCUGUAGGGCAUUCCUGUGAUGCAAAUAUGUUAAAUGGUCUCCACUUGACUGAGGCCAAAGGGAAUGUAAAUGGAUCCCUUGAUUAUGUUUUUGAACAGGAGAGGCAUGUGUCCUGUUCUAGAAAUUCUACGCUAAUGACUGGAGUCUUUGUUUCACCAGCUGAAUGUGGGUCAUCUCCAUUGUUGAGUGAUUCACAAAUGUUAUGCAUAUGUGCUGAGACUAUUAAAGCUAGUGAACCUCAUUGUGAUUUUCAAGAGUCAGAUACACUCCAAGGAAACUCAAUGGAGAGACUAUUAUGUAAUGUUGACAACACUAGUGCUGUUGGUCAUUUAAAAAGCGAUGAAGAUGCAGUUGAAGAAGAUACAAAUGCUGAUGCAUUCUUAAAUGAGGCACCCCCGUUGCCAAUACCUCUUAAUCUAAUGCAGAAAUGCAGCCGUGACUUGCAUUAUUCAGAAUGUGACAUUUCUACAAAAGCAACUGAGACAAAAUGCCCGACCCAAGAGGUGGCAUCUGAACAGCAUGCAUUCGAAGAGAGCUGCAUUACAAAACUAUUAUUUCAGUCACAUUGUAAUAGCUCUGAUGGUCAGCAUGGUGAAUUAGCUUUGUUUUCCAUUGGCAACGGUGUUGCUAAUCAAGUUGGCACUGAUUGCCUGGACUUGGAUUUCGGUUGCCAAGACACGCUACCCACGCACGCAUAUCUCGACAGAAAAUGUAAUAAAUGGGCUACUGCACCUUCAUGCCCGGUUGCCAUGGUGCAGGAAGACGAGAUGAAUGAACGAAGCAGCGUCGCGAUUCCAAAACAGAGGGACGUCAGCAGUGACGGUAGUGCAACGCAUCCAGACGGCGGUUCAGCAGAGCAGGACUGCAUCAGCACCACGCACCGUGAUGUCAAGCCCGUUGCCGAGGUGACGGCGGAACACGUCAGCCAUUCAUCGUUUUACUGCAACGUGGAAGCAGCGCAGAGCCCCGACAAUGCAAGCUGCAUGCCGGUGCUCUCGGAUGAAAAUCUAUUAGCCGCAGGGGGAUUACGGUGUGAAGAAGUCGGCUGCGAUGCCUCUCCUGUAAAAGCCGUGCAUGGUGAUCCAUUGGUGAAGGUUACGAUUGAAGACCGAAGCUGCAGUGAGGUAGGAGAGCAACAAUUGGUGGUCGGUUAUUCUGGUGAUUCUUUGCAAGUGAGUACUGACGUUGGCGAGAGUGUUUGCAUAAUUCCGAGUGCAGCUGCCAUGACAGAGUUGCCUUUCUCUUCAGAGAGCCUGAUAAAUGGUGAUGAUGGGUCCCUGUUGCAUUGUGGUGAGCUGGCACUCCAGUUUGUUUCUCACAAAGACUGUGAACUGCUGUCAUCUCGGCGCAUAUCGUUGGUGCUGUGUAGUGAACCUAUGCAGGAAGACAUGUGUUCCGUCCUUAACUGUGAUGCAGUAAAUUAUUCCAGCAAUGGAAAAUUACGCGGAGUAACUAAUUUAGAAGGAAAGAUUCCGAAGGUGCCAUCGGACAACAUUUUAACAUCGAAAGCUGAUGAAAUUAACUUGUGCAGCCUGGAAUUGUCUGAAGAGUUGAAUGCGGAUCAUGAGACUGUGUGUGAUGGGACAGUGCCAGCAAAUGUUCUGGAUUCUCCUAAUCGUACAUUAUAUUGUGAUGGACAGCAACUAGAAGCCGAUUGUUUGGAACAUCCUGAAAAUAUUCCAGCAAAUUUUGAUACAGCACAGGAGUACAGUGUAUGCUCAUCUUCAACAUCUCCAAACAGUGUUCAAUGGUCAGAUGGUGAUGCAGGAGUUGUAUCGGAUGAAAAGCCACAUGAUGACUGGAAACUGAAGUCAGCUGCUGCUGUUGCCAACUCAUCUGAAGAAACAGCCAAGCAGUGGUUGGAGCCUGUGCAGCAUUUACAAGAUGAUAAUUAUUUGAAUGGGAGUGAACUGCAUUCAAUAGAUGCCAGUGUUACAUCACAGACCAUUAAUCCUGUGACACGGAUGCCAGUCUCUGCCGAGACACAUGUGGAUCAAUUUGUGGAGCAAAAUCAAAUUGAUAAGUAUGCUGCGACGCCAUCUUAUGAGAUAUCAGGCAUUUCUUCCAUUAAAUUGUCUGCAAACUCCCGCAAAGUUGGACAACCCAGCAGACAGCAUUGUGCUGCUUAUUACCAUGAUACAUUCAGCUGUGAAAGUAAAGAGCAUAACACAGAUGCUGCUUGCUUUGAAGUGCCAGUAUUUCCAGAAGGCAGCAACACUGUAAUUCCUAUGCCCACAUUUGACAAAGCAACUCCGACUGACAGCAACGACCCACACUUCUCCAACAUGUUCAAACUGUUUGACACAAUGCCCGUAGGGGAAGCAAGCUUCCCUUCGAUCAUCCAGUCCACACCUGAGGGCCAAGUGAUCGUGGAGGUUUCAGAAACUGAGUACAUUCCUGCAGGUGGGCUGGCUGGUGACUUGGCCAGCAGUCUGCUUCAAAUGUCCCCUAUGUUCUACAUGGCUGCCGGCUCUCCAAUGGGCCAGUCGGAGACCAUCACCGUGCCCAGCGGCAUGCACGGGCCUCUGGCAUAUAGCGGCAGUAUUCCUGAAUCAGGAAUGUGGAGCUGGAUGUAUUCCAACGUCCCACCUCUUCAAGUUGAUGCUAAAAUAAACACUGCUCCCAAUGUGGCAACACAGCUCAUGGUGGAGGGCGCUGUCCUGAACCCUAAUGCUGCAUCCUGGAAGAGCCCGGCGCCCAGCGCUGACAUCGCCUUUGCUCCAGGCAGAGCCGUGAAUGGGGACUGGCCCGACCCAGAGCCUCUACCCUACUCUGAAGUUUACUCCGGGAGCAACGGUGAAGAGGGUGAAGCCACGUUCGGCGCUUCGACCGAGGUAGAGCCCGUGCUGCCCCCCGAGCCGCUGACCCCAACCUCACCGACGCCCCAAGACGAACACAUCCCCGAGGGCAAGCCGUAUGUCGUGAUGGAGAGUGCCAGCGGUGAUGGGGAAGCUCCAGAGGCGGAGGAUGGGCUUCAGGUCCCUGUGGUCAACGGUGCGGGCAAGGAACCGCCCAGCUUGGUUGGGGAAAACCCCACAUGUCCCCUCACCGGUGAUGUAGGGCAAUCAGAAACACAAACAAUGAAGCCCGAAGAACUGAAGGAAAUUUUGAGAAAACAGCUGGAAUACUACUUCUCAAGAGAGAACCUGGCCAACGACAUGUACCUAGUGUCCCAGAUGGACAGUGACCACUAUGUGCCCAUCUGGACAAUCGCCAACUUCAACCAGGUCAAGAGGCUAACUGCCGACACAGAUCUCAUCGUGGAAGUGCUCAAGUCCUCGCCACUGGUGCAAGUGGACGAGAAAGGGGAGAAAGUGCGACCCAACCACAAGCGUUGCAUCGUGAUCCUGCGAGAGGUCCCAGAGAGCACGCCCAUAGAGGAGGUGGAAAGUCUCUUUAAGAGCGAGAACUGCCCCAGGUUUGUGAGCUGCGAGUUUGCUCACAAUGACAGUUGGUACGUUACGUUUGAAUCGGAUGCAGAUGCGCAGCAGGCUUACAAGUACUUAAGAGAGGAAGCCAAGACAUUCUUGGGAAAGCCUAUCAUGGCACGCAUUAAGGCCAAGUCGAUGGGUAUCACUGCAUUCAUCCCCAAGAAUGGUCAGCAACCACUGGAAGUGGGCGGCUUUCACCAGCAGCAGUUCCAGCCCGCUGCCGUCUACAUGCAGCCUGUGCAUUACAGCCCGGCACAACAGCAGCAGCAGCAGCAGCCACCAUACCCCUUCUACAGCAUGCUGUCCCAACCCUGGUCCUCGUCACUUGGCUACUACGAUGGCACGCAGCUCGUAACGGGCACUUUUCCAAGCACUGCCUUCCUGAGUAGCUUCCCUGCCACUGGCCACUACAAGCACAUGCAGGCACUGCAGCAUCGGCCAUACACAGGCAGGAGCAGGGGAGGAGGAAAGUCCCAAGGAAGGAGCCACCAUAGCCAACACGACAAGGUGAUCCCGGACGCAGUUUCCUUUGUGCCGAUGAACAGCGUGCACCUCGUCGACAGGCCGGCAACCAAUGGUGCCCCACGAGGAGGGGCUAAUGCCGGGCAGCGCCGGCCUACGGGCAGCACUGUGGGCAGUGGUGUGGGUGGCGGCAGCAGCAGCAGCAGUAGCAUCACCAGUGGCGUGAGUGGCGGAGGCAGCAGCUACAGGCCUCAUGCGCCAGAGCAACCGUUCCUGGGCAGUCGAACGCAGCCGUCGGAUGUCCCCUUUGUGAGGCGAGAUGUCGAAGUGAACGGCGGAGACCCAGCACUACUCGCCUCCAGAGGAAGGAAAGGUUUCCGAGGGAGGAGGAGAAGAGACGAUGAGCGAACUGUGAAAUGUCCGCAGCCGCCUGUGCCCCUUGUGCCCCCCGAGUCCCCGCGGCUCGAGUUGGCCGCGUCCGAGUUCCCCCCACUGCCCGGGGCGUCGACCAGCGUCCGCGAGGACAGUGUCCCCACGCGGCACGAGAACCGCCUCGCCGACGUGGUGCGAGGGAUCGGCAAGGCCUCGCAAACUGGGAGUACAAAUGGCAGCACGGCAGUGCCCCCGAGCGCAUUGAACAAGAGCAAGCCCACGCCGAUGCCUGUGUGCAGCCCUGAGCCCACAAUCCCUUGCCCCACACCUCAAGCCACUGUCAGCAGUACCACGGAGACGGCUGGCACAUGUACGGAUGAACCGAGCGAAAGCCGUGCCCCAGCUCCCACCGUCACGCCUGGACCCGCUGAGGUCCAUGCCACGGAACCAAAGAAGCUGAGUUACGCGCAGAUCUGCCAGCGGCCCCCAAUGCCUCCCACAUCCCAGCCGGUGGCCAACGGCUCCGCAGUGGCUGGGACGGCCGGAGAUAUGGGCGAUGCAGACAGGGACACGGCAGAUGACUCUCGGGAGCCGGAGGUGGCCAGCAAGCCUGUCGAAGGACCUCCGAGAGAUCAGCGCAAGCAGUUCGGCAUCUCCACACACGCGCAUGCAGUUGCCCGAAAGCCACUUGGGGUUCAAAAUGGCAUGGCCAGGCCUCGGGCAGCAAUGGUGGCCAAAGAAACACAAUGACCACCGACCGCAGCUUGGCCAACCUGGAAUUCGGGAACCGUGUAUCGGGCCGAUGUUUUUGUUUUCUCUUGCUUUUAAAAAUUCGUGAAUAUUUAAUUUUACCUUUUUAAUUUUAAGAUGGAAUUGAUCCAUUUCGAAUUUGCCAAAAUCUUGAGCUAUUGUCCUUGGCAAUGGGAGAAAACACAAAGCGACUGAAAAAAAAUACAGGAGGUGUUGAUAGGCGCGAAAGACGUUCUACAUACAUGCAUAGUGAAGCCCUGUCAUGUGCAACAUGAUAUUUGGGAUUUGGAGGCCGGAUUAAUGGACUUGAGUGCUGGAGAAACCACAACCCAGCCAGAGAGAACAGGAAACCAGGACUGACUGAAGAGAGAGGCUGGACUGCUGCUUCACUGUUGCAGGCAUCACAUGAAGGCAAAUCAAGUGCACUAAUUCCCUUCUACAUAAAAACAGACGGGCACUGGCACAGCAGCAGUGAAUGACUGAUGUUGCACCGUCUCCGUAUCCUCUCAGCGUUUUCGUUGUACAUAGGACACUGGAAUAAGCUUGAGCAUUGACAAACUCAGAAGCAGAGUUAACAUGAUAGAAGUUGUGGUUUGAUCGGUAAAAUGCUAAUGCUUGGUGUAAAAUGCAAGGAAAAAGUUAGUGUUGAAAAAGGUAAUAUAAAAUGACUUGUUUUAAAGCUAGUAGCAAGUCCAGGGUAUCUAAAAAAAAUCGAUUGUUUUGAUUUUUGUGUGGUGGCUUGUUGUCCUUUGUUAAACUGCACUGCCUCAGGUUUCAGAGUAAAAAGCGAGGCUGUUGCAAGACUUGUAAAGCAAUUAACAUUUACAACUGACAAACACGUGUACAUAUACUAAUAGCCGGUAUGGUUCUUUUGUUUGGGUAACCCUAACACUUUGAUGUUGCUCGGAAAUACAUGAUUGCUUUUGGGUGUUUAAAAAAGGGUCUUGAUAAUUGUUUUGUUUGUCAUUCUGCUAUGUUUAUGCUUCUCGUAUUGUGGAAUGUUGAUCAUUUUUGGAGGUAAUUGUGUGGGAUGUGUGUAAUUGGCAGCAGUUAUGUUGAAUUAAGGGGGGGGGGGGGGUGUGUUUUUAAUGUUUCUUUAACAAUUCAUUGUGGUGUUGUUCAAAGGAAGAAGCCACUGUUUUGUCAAAACAGUUCAUCUGCAGGAAGGUUAUUUCUCAGACUUCAAGCAUGCUUUUUAUUUUCAACAAUGACUAAAUGGCAAAUGUGGCAGAUUUCAGCACCUCAAUAGAAAGUGUCCACCUCUCUAAUUUGGGGAUGCUUUGGUCUACCACCACUUAUACAGGAAUCCCCCCACUAUGCAUAAGGAGCAGCAGUUCCUGGGAAAUGCAGCAUUUCCUGGGAAAUGCAGCUUAACUCAAAAUUACUUAAAGGAUACUAAUUUCCCAUUGCUUUGACAUUAAAAUCAGGAGUGGCAUAUCCUAGCUGACAUUCCUGGGAAAGAAAUGUGACUAAACGUCGUGAAGUGCACGAAAAUGCAUACAAUUAUAAGUCGACAUACAUUUUCACUCAAUACAAAUAAUUAUAUCAACUCCACCACGUCACAUUGCCAAUUCCAGCUAUGUUGCUAUGUAAUACUGUACAUUACGUGGGUAGCGCAUACCACGACGUAGUGGGAACGGGAUUUCCCUCCACGUGCUCCACGACACUUUUUUAAGAACACAACUUCGAAGGCAAUAUGCUCCCGAAAAUGCAUCGGCAGCCUAUAUAUGCAAAGUAACUCAUGACGCCGCAGCUUAUUUCGGGGGAUUCCUGUAUCAUGCGGCACUUGGGAGUCGGUGUUCCUUCGGCAUCUUAUACGGUUAUUAUGUUUGGUUCCUGUGAGUUCGCUUGUGACUAACAAGACAGACAUUUAAAUGACACACAGAGGUCACAUACACAGUCGGCUGAGGGUAACUCCUGAGAUCCAGCUUCAAUCGACACAGUAACCACCACUUCUGACACUCUUCACUUGGCUUUUUGUGUCUCCGUGUCUUCAAGACGUCUCUCAAGCAGCUGAUGAGUUUGAGCAAAGCCUGCGUGCCAUUGCUGUCCGUUUUUAGUGAGCCUUGUCUCAUGAAUCUACAGGAAUUAUGCAUCUCAAAUUUGAGUGAAGUACAUCCUUAUAGUGCAAGUACUGACCUACUCUACACGGUUUGCCAGAUAACACCACUGAAUUACAUCAUACCACCUUCAUGCUUGUUAGCCGCACUGGUUUUUAUUAAUUAGAAAAAAAUAUUUUCACAAGAUUUUUUCUUACCGAAUUUUGGAGACUUGAUGGAUUUCUUAGUUAAACAAUUUUGGAUGUACUUAGGGGUGGUGGAGGGGGGGGUCGGAGGUGUGAACUAUUACUAUUUAAGGUGGAAUUUCCGUGAUUAUAAUUAGUUAAAAUUAACAAGUGUCAUUACUUAAAUGUAUACCAAUAACAUUGAAGAAAUCCAUUUAAAUGUUUUGGCUGAAAAAUAAUUUCGUCUGAAACAUUAUUUAGAAUGAUACUUAAUUUUACAUUUAUUUAUAUAUUUUUUUGUUGGUGGUUUUCAAGUCUUUGCUAUUAAGAUGAUUGGCAAAUACAUGCAUACAUACACAACACGGUUAUACCUCGAAAAGGAACGAAUAAUUUACGUACUUUAUUACAUGUUUAUCUUAAAGUACGUUGGUGAAUUAAUUACAUGUCUAACCUUUAUUGGUUCACCAGAAUCAAACUACCACAGUAAACAUCUCCGAUUAGCACGAUUAGCUGCGUACCGUUCGAUAUAAGUUCUCCAUACAUACACACACGAUUUGACAUUGUUCCAUAUAAACGUUCUACAUCAUUGUUAUUUUCCUAUCCUGCAAAUGUGGUGCCACAGCACUGCCUAUAUGUAUCUUGGAUUGUGGCCAAGAAGUUAGAUUCUGAGCGAUUUAAAAAAAUACAUUGUAGAUGCUGCCCUGUGCUUUCUUUGAAUCCGCGAAUUGACUCCAUUUUCAUCACCAACGUUUGCUCGUGCCGUUCUUUAGCACAAGCGGCUCUCUUCGAUCAUUCUGUGGUACGGGGUUGGGAGAUGUUAUCCUCUGCCAGUAGAGGGCACUGCUGCCGCGCUUUAACACAGGAGUGAAAACCAUUUUAAUUGCAUAUUUGCCAGUAUGACACAUUAAGCAUCGGUGGUUCCAUACAGAGCUGUUGCUCUUGUGUGUGGGUACAUGCUCCAUAUUGGACAGUUCUCAAUUGUGUGUUUUUAUAGGCACGUCCGUUUCCUUGCAAAGGUAAACAUGAUUCGGAUUAUUCUCCCAAACUCGCCUCGCCAAAGGUUUUUUUGUCCCAUUGACACUUUCCUGACCGAAACACCAUUACGGAGAUAGCCUGUUUAACUCCGGUUUGCCCGAUUAAUUAAUACAAUUGUGGAGUACUGACUAUCAUGUGUAUGUCAGGUGAUGAACACUUAGCCAAUGUAAUGUAAUUGCACUGAAAUGAAUUUCUUUCUACGGUCGAUCCUCCCGUCAUGUUAUUUUGUACUUCCCGUCACCAAUUUUUGCAGCAGUCCCCACUGAUCAAUCUUUCGACUGUAGGAAUUCGAUGAGCUUCGAAGCGCUUUGUCCACAGAUGUCCAGUAUGGGCGUGUCAGUAUAAUAACGUCAGCGGCUUGUCACAGACGGUGCUUCCACAUUGAGGUCAAUCGCUGCAACGAUGUUGGUGUGUGGCUGACAGCUGGACGUGGUGAUUUCACCGUGUUCUGCCAAGGCGAGAACUUUGCGUAUACGUUCAUGUCGUGGAGGCGUGGAUGUACAGUUGUAUACAGAUACGCGUUUAGGGCAAAUUGCUGUGAGCGUUUUUAAAUGUGCUGUUGGACAUAAAUUGGUGAUAAAAAGUAUAUUUACACCGUAUAUAUAAAUACGUAAUCCCAAUUUUAGCUGUGGUUUACAUAGCGACGUUUGGGGCCCUGUAGAAUAUAUAGGCGUUUUGAUUGCGUUAAGGCAGUGCAGUGAUUUUUUUUAAAUCUGUUGUGCAUUUGUUUUAUCUGCCAGAAUGGCAAUGGAGUUGUACAUUUUACAUUGAUUGUAUUGGGUGGGUGGGGGGGAAGAGAAGAUGGGGAUGGUCGGGAGGAGGUAUGGUGUGGGUAAUUUUUUUUGUCUUUUCCGGUUUAAUUUCUUUUUUUUUUGCCAAUUGUUGGGUGACGCCAAUGAAACAUCAGGUUGAUAUUUUUUUGUUUUCUUGUUCAGAGCCGAUGAACGGAUAAGCAUUGUUUGCAAACAAAGACUUGAAUAUGUACAGUAUAGAUAUAUUUACACAGUGAUCGUUUUUGUUUCCCUGCCUUAACUUUUGUACGUCGUGUACCCGCACACAAAGCCAUCGACAGGGCAGUGUCACCUCUUCAAAUACACAAACGAGAUGCGGCCCGGAGGCCUGGAGAAGAUUGGAUGUAUUGUCUGCAUAAUUUCUGCUAUAGCAGCCCUUUUUACGACUAAUUACGAGACAAUUGAUACAUCUAUUUUACAAGGGAGACAUCUUUGGGUGUGUAACGAUGCAUCAAUUCAUAACAUGAAAUUAUUCUAAUGCUUAUCUGUACAGAUAUCAAAUUACGAGUGUCAGUAUCGAUUAUUUAACGAUUUGUGAGUUGCAUACAGAGGCCGUGACGUGGCCGAAUAGGAACGCAUUUGCCACUUGUUGCCGAGGUUUGUGGUUGGAAUUGAGCAGGCCGCCCUAUUCAUUAUUGCAAGAUAUGUUAUUUCUGCUUCACAGUGGACGUUAAAUUCUCGUAAUGUAAUUCGAAACGCUUCGAGAAUUGUGUGCUGCAAAUGGCUCCGCUAAGAUGAUACGUGGCAACCAUCGCCCGAGACUGGCAAAGUUGCCCACUUGCACGGCGCUACCCAGUUGCUUUGUGCCACACUAUGGCAGCUGCCACUGGGGGGGGGGGCGCUCUGCGUACGUUUGAGUUGAGAUUGCGCUUUGAGUUGCCGAGGCGUUUUAAGCGCCAUAUAAAUGCCAAGAUCAUGAUUAUUAAUGUUACGCUGAGGGCUAUACCUGUACAAUCAAGUGAAGCAUGAGCAUACAUAAGAUUAAAAAAAUGACAAAGUAGCGAUUCCCUGAAUUGAAUCACGACGCCAAAAUCGUGACAAUCGAAUCUUGGACAUGAAUCGUUACACGCCUAUGUGCUUUCUAAAAGAGACACGUGUCCUCCUUGCAAUCACGUGGUUCUCGGCUUAUAAAACAAGGAACCAAUUGUAAGGUGCUUAUUACGAUCCUAUUCUGACAUUAAUAUCUCAUUGCAAAACCUUUGUGACUGCCCCUCGUGUGUGUGUUAUGGAGACGGGGUCAUGGGCGUGUGAUUAAGGGCCAGCCAAUCAGACGCGAGUGUUCAGUAGGAGUAUAUAAACCAAUGACGGGCAUAUUCUUUGGGUCUUUCGGUAAAGUCACGUAGAUAGGUUCAAAGACAUUAACAAAAACUACGGCGUUUCGAUCACAACGCAAGCGAUCACGAUGUUGUGAUUGAAACGUAAUUUUUGUUAUUGCCUUUGAACCUAUCUACGUGACUUUACCGAAAGACCCAAAGAAUAUGAAUUCCUGCAGUCACAAAAGCUUUAAGUCAAGAUUCGGUGAUGGGCAGUGGCGAAUCUAAUUUUUUUGUUGGUCCCGCUGUGCGUUUGGUUUGUUUACAAAACUCGCGAGGAUCCGGGCAGAACCCGCGUCUGGGUUGGUUUUGCACUCCCCUUUCAUUCGUUCUUACGUGUUCCUCUCGCGAGCGACGUGUGGUAGCGAUGCACACAUAUAUACACACACUGUAAUAUCACGCCUGGUCAGUGUAACUUCAUGCAUGACGCUAUAAAGGUGUAGCCGUGUGUGGUGUUGAGGGAGGCGGAAUGCACGUUGAAUGCACGGAAUCUUAGCGCGUUGGGAUGGAUAAGGGUGGCCUCCGUCUUGGAGGACUAGGAAUGCCUUUGUUUGUUGGUAACCUAUUCAUGAUCUUGAUUUGCUGAGAAAGAGUCGACAAGCACCACGCACGACUGCUGAUCGGGAAAGGUCCCCUUUCCGUCUUGAAGUGUUUUAUCACUGCAAUCAAAUCGUUUUCUUCAGCAUUGCUGGUUUCGUCCCGCACCUCGAUUUGUCCUGCAAAUAGAAUUCGGCAAGCAGGGACCAUCCUGGAAUUUGGUCUUGGAAAUAUCGAUGAUUCGGAUUGACGAUUGUUCAGCAAAUAUGAUUAGAAUUUAGCAAAUAUGAAAAUGUAAAAAAAAAUGUGUUCUCCAAAUCUUCAUAAAUAGAAAUUUAAAUGUGUCGUACAAGAUAUCCCGGGUAUUACACAAACAGUUAUAUAUACGAAAAGGAUUUGAGCCCUACACAAAUAUGUUCUUGAAUUGAAAUGCAAUGCAGUGGUCAUAGACGCCAGGCCAUUCAAGUGUCUGCCUGCGGAAACGUGGUUUCAAGGAUCACAUUGGGCUGUAUUCAGGUUGGAGUAUCACAUGAGAAUGAGCCGCUCGAAUCCGUGCAUUCCUCACACCUCUUCCUAUAAUUACUUAACACAAUUUUCAUUGGAAAACCGAUUCUGUGUACUAUUUAACAUAGCAAAGCACGCUCAUAGCCACGGCCAACUUUCGUAUCAAUGUAGACCUUUAGCCUGCAAUUGUAUACGUUACUGUGGUAUUCACGUUGUGGGUCGCCAAGUAUUUUGGCGUUGUCGCGCACGUACUUGUUGUGUACACGUGAACCCUGAAUACCUUUCAACAUGGCUCUUCUGUGCAGGAGGUGUACGUCCAUCAUUAGUUGAAUUAUUGGUGAACAAUCAAUCGGGUUGCAGCGAUAUGGUGAUAUUAAAAUGUGUUGUAUGAGACAAGAUCCACGAUAAUAUAGUACUUUUUCGAAAUAUUGUUCUUAUGGUUGCUCAUUGUUUCUUAAAUACACAUUUUCUUUGUAAAAAAAUAUGGUAUAAGUUUGCAAUUGUAAUUAAAGUGAAAAAAAAAUGCUAUUACACAUUAAAUGGGAGAUUUGCAAAG